AUGGUGAAAGAGAUUGUUUCUAAAGUCACCAUUAAGCCAUCCUCUCCAACCCCUAAUCAUCUUAGAGAUUUUAAAAUCUCCCUCCUUGAUCAAUUGGCUCCUUCAUCAAUUUACAUUCCCAUUGUCCUAUUUUACUCUGCCUCUGAUGUAAGUGCUUUCGGUAAUGAUAUCAAAAUGAUAUCUGACAAGUUAAAAACUUCUUUAUCGAAUGUCCUCACUCUUUAUUACCCGUUUUGUGGAAGAAUGAAAAACAAUUCAACUGUUGAGUGCAACGAUGAGGGUGUUCUUUUCAUGGAGUCCAAAGUCCCCCAAGAACUUUCAAAUAUUUUGAAAAAUCCUCAAGUUCAUGAGAUAAAUGAACUUUUUCCGUUUGAUCCCUACAGCGCUGAAGUAGAUUACAACAUGGCUGUUCAAUUGAAUGAAUUCAGAUGUGGGGGUAUAGGGCUUGGUGUGUGCUUCUCACACAACAUUGGUGAUGGUUCAACGGCAGCAUCAUUUCUCAAUACAUGGACUGGGACAGCAAGAGGAGAGAGCAACAUAGUGGCACCUCAAAUGGAAGCAGCAUUGCUUUUCCCACCAAUGAACAUGGAUAUGAACUUAGCACGUGGCAUGAUUGGACACAAAGACAUAGUAACAAAGAGGUUCAUAUUUAAUGGGAAAAACAUAUCUAAAGUAAGGGACAAACUUGGCUGCUUCAAUCCCACUCGUGUUGAAGCUGUGACAGCACUCAUUUGGAAAUCAGCUAUGGAAGCAGCGAAAGCAAGUUCAAGGGAACGGACACAUCUCGCAUCUAUGAUGGCCCACGCGGUGAACAUUCGCAGUCGAAUGGCCUCUCCAUUGUCGAAGCAUUCACUUGGAAAUCUUUAUCUUCCAGCUUUGUCUCCAUUGGUGCAAGGGGAAGAAGUGGUAGGGCUGCAUUAUUUUGCUGAGAUAGUGAGUAAAACGGUAAGAAAAGUUGAUGCAGAUUAUGUAAAAAAGCUUCAGGGUGAUGAGUUACCUAUGGUUCUUAAAUCUCUAGAGGAAACAAGGAUAAUGGUCUUAGAAAAAGGUAUUCCGUGUUAUGGCUUUAGCAGUUGGACAAGAUUUGAUUUCUAUGAAGCUGAUUUUGGAUGGGGAAAGCCAACCUGGGUGAGUACUAUUGGUGCGCCUAUAAAAAAUGUGGUAAUUUUGAUGGACACAAAAAAUGGGGAUGCAAUUGAGGCAUGGGUUACCUUGACUGAACAUGAUAUGGUCGAAUUUGAGCGCAAUCCAGAAAUUCUUGAGUUUGCAUCAUUUGAUUUCUAG